AUGUGUCCUCUAGAUCCAGAUCCAGAUCCAGAACGCUGUUUGCUUUCUCCCUUUCAGACCUGCUCACGAAGGCUUCUACUCUUGACUCCCACGACCCUCCUGUCCCUCCAGCUCUCUCCUCCAGCCCGAGUAAACUGCCAAAACACCGAUGAAUCCGCCAGAAAUCCUCCUGUUUGGUUGAUAUUGGAGAAGACACAAACCCGUGGAGAAGUGAGGAAGGAGAAGAAGGGAGAAAACCAGAAUCCGAAACGGAUCUUACGGGGCGAUUUCCAGCCGUUUCAUAAAGUUUCAGAAGCUUAUUUUGGUACCAUCGGAAAGAUCGUCUUCUCAGCUUUCCAAAACAUCCGAGAUCACGGUAAACCGAGUUAUAUUCAGAGAGUUAUGGAUAUUCCUUCUUGA